AUGUCCGCGACAAGCCAGCCUUCGGGGCUUCCUAUCCUCGCUACAGAUGUUCAUGUCAGUUACAUCCAAAGCCUCGAUACGAAAAAGGACGAGCUCGAUUAUUGGUUGACAGAGCACCUCCGACUUAAUGGCCUCUACUGGGGGCUCACAGCUCUUCACCUUCUUGGUCGCCCAGAUGCUCUCCCCCGGCAAGAAACUAUAGAUUUUGUACUUUCUUGUCAGCACGAGAACGGUGGCUUUGGGGCAGCACCUGGUCAUGAUGCCCACAUGCUGUCCACAGUAAGCGCUGUGCAGAUUCUCGCCAUGGCCGACGGGUUCGAUGACCUAGAGACCAAAGGCAAGGGUAAACAACAGGUUGGAAACUAUAUUGCCAAUCUUCAGAACCGUGAAACAGGCACAUUCUCGGGCGACGAAUGGGGUGAGGAGGAUACUCGUUUUCUCUACGGAGCACUCAACGCACUGUCUCUUCUGGGCCUUCUAUCACUUGCCGACGUAGACAAAGCUGUAUCAUAUGUUGUGUCGUGCACCAACCACGAUGGGGGUUACGGCGUGCGGCCUGGAGCCGAGUCUCAUUCUGGCCAAAUCUUCACGUGCGUCGCUACCCUCGCUAUCGCCCAGCGUCUUGAUCUGGUCGACAAGGAGAAGCUGGGCCGCUGGCUCAGCGAGCGGCAAGUUCCCUGCGGCGGUUUGAAUGGCCGGCCGGAGAAGCAGGAGGAUGUCUGCUACAGCUGGUGGGUCUUGAGCAGCUUGAAGAUUAUCGAUCUCGUGCACUGGAUUGACCGAGAGGCAUUGAUCCGCUUCAUUCUAAGUUGCCAAGACAAGGAAUCAGGCGGGAUUUCGGACAGGCCUAAUAAUCGAGUCGACGUUUGGCACACAUGUUUCGGGCUCGCAGGCCUAAGUUUACUCGGCUACCCUGACAUGGAGGCGGUUGAUCCUGUUUACUGCAUGCCGAAGCCUGUCAUUAAAAGGAUACUGGGAUGA